AUGACCGAAGAGAGUAUCACUAUUGACAUUAACAAAGUAUCUAAUGAAGAUGGCACUAUACAUACUUACACAUACUAUGAUGAGAAAGUGCUUAUAACAGUCACCGAACAGAUUGAACCAAAAGACUUUCCAGGUUAUAAAGUGCGCAUUCACAAACCACCCAAUGGCUAUACAAUUUCUAAGAUUAAGGGAGUUCCAGAAAAUGGACUUCCUGGCCAAGUAUCCUGUUCAACCGUUGCAGUAAUUUCAUGGUUAGGGGAUUCAAAGCCUGACAUCCCUAUUGCUAUCCAAAUUGAUAAUACUACUGAAUACUACACAAAUAUAAAGGGUGAUAGUAGCUGGACCAAAUCUAGUUCUGUAACCCCUGAUAAUAUUCUACAAGAGCUUGACAAUUGGGUAUGUAAAAAUAGAGAGGCUCACAUAAUUAACCUCUCAGAGGAAGGUGGUGCGUGGAAUGCCGGAUUUUGUAGAAAGUAUUUUUGUCCUGGCUGUUCUGGUAAACAGAUUACUGUAACUAAAUCUCAACCUUCGUCUAAGGAUUGUACUUUAUAUGAACACGAGGUUAUAAAAGGUUCCGUAUCAAGAUUCAAGGAUAGUCAAACCAACUAUUUGGGACUUUCAAACAUUAGAGAUGUUAAAUCAGUUAAUGUGUACUGCACAAAGGGCACUACAGAUGCAUUUCUCAUUUACUUAAGACCCAAAGAUGAAAGAGCUGCAAGAGUAUUGUUUGAGAACAAGUGGUAUAGUAGGUGUUCAGGAGACACUCACUGGGAAGUAGAAAAGAGUUUUACUGGUGGACCAUCCGGUGAUGAUAUAGUCCCAAUUAAUAAACACCUUACUGAUGCCUUAAUACCAAGGGUUAUAAUAGAUCUCACUAAAACUAAUGGAAGCUAUACACCUAGAAGAACUACUCUGCAAUUUAGUGUUGAGGAGGAUAAGAUAGAGAGUACCUCUAGUUUCUUAAAGUGCACACACAAACUGUCAGAAAGUAGACCAUUCAGGCUCAAGGAUAUUGAAUAUGAUGGAAAACUACUUGGUAUAAAAUCUAAGGACUUACUUUUUUGUGUAUACGCUUACUAUUAUUCUGGUCAUUCAACAAUUCCUCUUCUUAUUGAACUGGCAUUAAGUAGUGGGAACAAUUACAAGUACCUUUUCAGACCUACUAAAGACUUGGACACAUGGUUUAAAUAUGUUGGAUCUGGAGAGAAAGCUACUCAACUGACUAAUCUCAAUGAAAUGCUAGAUGCCCUUAAGAGUAUACACAUUCCCGAUCCACCUAAUGCAAGUUCUUCACUUCCUCUUGCACUUACGGAUACCCUAAAGAUCGGUGGAAGUAGUCUAACAACGGCUGGUUUGGGUGGUCUUGCCGUAUGGAAGGGACCCUCUAUACUUGCACGACUAAUUGCUCGCAUGUAA